UACGCUGGUUCUGGCACUGAUGGCUGGAGCUCUCACACUGGAAAAGGGAGUGUCAGGGUCGGGGUGCACACUGCUUGGGACCGCCAGGCCUGCGUCUUUAUCCCAGCCUGGGGACUUUGUGAUUGGAGGCGUUUUUACCAUCCACUACAAUUUUAUCAGCACUGAGCACAACUACACCAGCCAACCCAAAGCGCCGCACUGUACGGGGAGGUUGGAUUUCCGGCAAAUGCGCUUUGCUAGAACCAUGAUUUUUGCCAUCAAGGAGAUCAACAACAGCUCAGAGCUCCUGCCAGGUGUAACUCUGGGCUACCAGAUCCAUGACUCCUGUGCCUCUGUGCCAGUCGCUGUGAAGGUGGCAUUCCAGCUGGCCAAUGGAAUUGAGCCAGUUUUCUUUCCCAAUCAGUUCUGCUCAAAGUCUGCCAUUGUGCAUGCUGUUGUAGGCGACUCUAGCUCCACUCCUUCCAUCGCCAUGUCCAGAAUAUUCGGACCCUUCGGCAUCCCCCAGGUGAGCCACUAUGCCACCUGUGCCUGUCUUAGUGACAAGCUGCAGUACCCCACCUUCUCCAGGACCAUACCGAGUGACUACUACCAGGCAGCUGCCCUGGCUAGGCUAGUCAAGCAUUUUGGCUGGACUUGGAUCGGGGCGGUGAGGAGCGACUCAGACUAUGGGAACAACGGGAUGGCCGCAUUCCUGCAGGCUGCACAGGCAGAAGGCAUCUGUGUGGAGUACUCAGAGGCGCUCUACAGGACCAACCCCCGUACAAAAGUGCGACGCGUGGCAGAGGUCAUCAGCAGGUCCACAACCCGUGUUGUUGUGGCAUUCAUUGCCUCGGCCGACAUGCUGAUCCUGCUAUCAGAGCUGGAAGGCAGGCUGAUGGCCCCGCUACAGUGGAUUGGGAGUGAGGACUGGGUCACUGACCGCAAGAUGUUGCAGUUUCGUCUGUUCGCCGGCGCCAUCGGCUUCGGCAUCCCCCGCUCAGUCAUUCCAGGGCUGCGAGACUUCCUGUUGGACCUGGGGCCAGCACAGGUUUCCCACUCACCACUCCUCACAGAGUUCUGGGAGAGCGCUUUUGGCUGCAGCCUGGGGGGAAGUCAGACUGCAGCGGGUCGGAAAACAUGUGAUGGAAAACAGAAUCUGCAAGAUCUGCAGAACCCCUACACAGACACAUCCCAGCUGCGCAUCUCCAACAUGGUAUACAAGGCUGUGUAUGCAAUAGCCCAUGCCAUACAUAGCAGCAUCUGCACAGAAAUAUCUGAUGCUCCACCACACUGCAACACAAGUAUCCAAGUUGAGCCAUGGCAGGUCAUGGAGCACCUGAGAAAAGUGAACUUCUCCAGGAAUGGGUACAAAGUCUCCUUUGAUGCCAAUGGGGAUCCAGUGGCCACUUAUGAGCUGGUGAACUGGCAGGUGAUGAGGGAUGGGCACCUGGACUUUGUGACUGUGGGCCACUAUGAUGCAUCUGCUCCAGAUGGACAGGUGUUGAUCAUGAACAAGAACAUUACCUGGGCAGGUGGCCAGCCACAGGUAAUUUCACAUUCAAAUGUAAUUUCAUUGGCAUGUCAGACUUGGCUCCAUGUCUAUUGCUGUCAUAUCUGUUUGAAGGUGCCUGUGUCAGUGUGCAGUGAGAGCUGUCCCCCUGGCACUCGGAAGGCUGUGCAGAGAGGAAGGCCUGUUUGCUGCUACAACUGUGUGCCCUGUGCCGAGGGAGAAAUCAGCAAUGCUACAGAUUCCCUGAACUGUAUCACUUGUCCAGCUGAUUACUGGUCGAAUGCUGAGAAGGGUGAAUGUGUACCCAAACCUGUUGAAUUCUUGUCCUUCCACGAGGUUCUGGGGAUCAUCCUUGCAGCUUGUUCGGUGGCUGGGGCCUGUUUGGCCAUCAUGGUGGCUGCCGUGUUUUACAGACACAGGGACACUCCCAUUGUGAAAGCCAACAACUCAGAGCUGAGUUUCCUGCUGCUCUUUUCAUUGAAACUGUGUUUCCUUUGCUCUCUUACCUUCAUCGGUCGGCCCUCUGAGUGGUCCUGUAUGCUGCGCCACACUGCCUUUGGGAUCACCUUUGUUCUCUGCAUCUCGUGUGUUCUGGGAAAAACAAUAGUGGUGUUAAUGGCCUUUAGGGCUACACUUCCAGGAAGUAAAGUGAUGAAGUGGUUUGGGCCUUCCCAGCAGAGACUGAGUGUUCUUGCUUUCACUCUCAUACAGGUUCUUAUUUGUGUGCUUUGGCUAAGAAUAUCCCCUCCAUUCCCCAACAAGAACAUGAAGCACUACAAAGAAAAGAUCAUUCUAGAAUGUGAUGUAGGAUCAGCAGUGGGGUUCUGGGCUGUGCUGGGUUAUAUUGGACUCCUCUCUAUAUUGUGCUUUGGUUUUGCUUUUCUGGCACGUAAGCUGCCUGAUAACUUCAAUGAAGCCAAAUUCAUCACAUUCAGCAUGCUCAUAUUCUGUGCAGUCUGGAUCACUUUUAUACCAGCUUAUGUCAGCUCACCUGGAAAGUUCACUGUGGCUGUGGAGAUCUUUGCAAUUUUAGCUUCCAGCUUUGGUCUGAUUGUUUGCAUUUUUGUCCCUAAAUGUUUCAUUAUAUUGUUUCGGCCGGAGCAAAAUACCAAAAAGCACAUGAUGGGGAAAAUGCCAUCAAAAUCUCUCUGAAGCACACAACGAUUCAGUAAUAUUUAUGGAUGAAUGUAUUUAGAAUAUUUGUUAUAUUAUUCUGCUACUGUAUCCUUAUUAAGGUGAAAAACAUACAUAUCUGUAAAUAUCUCUGAGGACCAUAUAUUUACCUCUAAUAUUAACUUAGCUGGAGCCAUAGACCAUUGGGGAUUUCAUACCACCAAUAAAAGAUUGAUGA